UAGGAGGUAAAGUGUUAAAAGAAGCCAAAUCUUCAGAAAAGUUCCCUGAAAACUUACUAAACAAAUGGCGACCAUAGAUGUUUGUGUUUGGGGACAGACAUGUGGAAACCAGUGGCAGAGCUGAGAGUUCCAUCCAGGAUGUCUCCCGUGGACCCAGGAACACGCAGUGGAAAGGUGCCCCAAACUGGUGCUCUAGUCACAGAACCAAGGGGAUCCAGUUGUCCUAGGCCCACUGUCUUAAUCAGGCCCUGAAGAGAUAGGGCCGCUACUGCCCCCUGCCUGUUCCGGCGAGAAGUCCUGGAAGAGAAAAGAUGAUCCAGCGAAGACUGCCAGAGCCCUAGCCAGGGGAUCCACCCUGGCUUUUGUGACCUCACAGGAGGAGGUAUGGGUGACUCUUGUCUGGGGGACCUUGCUCCAGUCAAAGACCAGAGCCAUACCCGUAAAGGAGACGACCUCCCUAGGGAGGGAGCCAGGAAAUUCACAGCUCCAUGUAGCUCCUCCGUGUUAGCCUAGAAGGAUCACCAUGAAGAAGGUCAAGAAGAAAAAGUCGGAUUCCAGGCGCCGCAGGGAUUCCAUUUCACCGCGGGCUAGCUCUGACUCCUCACAGCAUCCCAGCUCGGAAACCCCACCGACAUGCCCAGAGCCCACCUUGCCACCAUCGCAGCCACAGCCCUGCCAGGAGUCCACCCCACCACAAGUUAACCCUGAACCUCUACCGCAACCGCCUGCACCCCCAGCUCUCCCAGCUGCAGAACGCCGGGCCUCAACGCCAUGCCUGGUACCUGCAAAGGUUGAACCCAAAGCAAGCUCUCCAUCCAGGAAACCAGCAGUGCCUCUGACCUAUAUGGCUCCACGCUCCUGUUCCUGUAUGGCCUGCCCUGGCAGCUCUGCUUGCUGGCGUCGUCUGGGGCUGUGUCACAGCCGCAUCUUCGAUGUCCUCCUGCCUCGGGACUGGCAAGCCAUGCCGGGGAGAGGAUUCCCAAACCUUCUCACCUUCUACAGAAAACCUUCAAGGAAAUACUGCACUUCCCGUAACUCACGUACUUCAGGCUCUCGGGACUGUUGCUGUGUCUCUGGGGGCCCUGGGAGCUGCCUACUUCAUCGCUGAAUCCUUGUGAACUGAACCCCAGGCCCAUGGUCCGGCAGAUCCAGUGUCCAUCAAAGGAUCUCACUUGUCACCAAAAUAGAGAAAGAAAAAUACCUUGUCUCUUUUCAUCA